UGACGUAUUUACCUCAUUCGAACCUUGCUUUGCGGUCUUUCCUCCAUAUUCCAUCCAUCCAGUUUGCUUCCCUUUCCAUCAAACAUCUCUCAAUUUUGUCGUUUCACAGAUUGCUAAUAGCUUUUUAUGCUCAGAUCUGUUUCAACUCCUUGUCCCCAUAAUUCACAAUGACGGCUCAAUCAUCGUCAUUCGUUGACUAUACGCCGUUCCUCACUCAUCUCGUUGUCCUACUUAGUAUUUACGAGAAGCCGAUUCCGGCGAAGCAACGCCAAAGACGCACACCCGGCCAUGUAUCUCCGUCGAAUCCACACUCUGUACCUUUAACACCACAUUGCGAUGGACAAUCAACCGCGCCUAUGCUCGACGCAAAUUGGUCAUUGGAGAUAGUUCCUCAGACGACGGCAACCUCAACUAUAACAGUUCUGCCUACGAAUGCAUCUCCUACAGGCGCCCUGUCGACCUCUAAUGGCUCAAUUCCCUUAUCAUCCCCCCAAGUCACUCAACCACUUCCCCCAACUGCAUCCAUUCCUCUCCCAUCAUAUACUGGGCCCUCAGACUGGCGCACGGACUCCAUUCUGCGCAGCCUAAGCGUCGUCGUUGGACGGAUGCACCAAGCUGAGAUGCAAAAUGCCAGUUCCAAGCUACACUCUAAAUUCGCCAAUGGAACCGGAAUUCCAUCAAUGGUUAACGGCGUAAGCGAUUCUGUCAGGAGUACCAGUCGGCUUAACAAUGAACAUGGGGACGGUACACUGGAUCUCGAUUCGCCGAAAGUCACUCCGGCAACCUCAGCUCCGGCACUCAACACUUUUGGGAGACGAUCUCCAUCUCCAUCUACGAUUGCCAACUUCAGAACAUCUGUGGCUGCAACCAACGGCGCUGCUGGCAUGUUGAGUUCGGGAUCGUUGUCAGCUCGAAGAGCAGCACAGGGUUUAGCCACACCUGGACGACACACUGCUUCGUCCUCGAUUUCGUCUACCAGUAGCGUUAUUGCUUCUUCUCAUAACAUAUUAUCAUCGACUACUAGUCACAUCGGACGACAGCCCGCUUCUGCUGCAGCAAGUCGGACAAGUUCACCGCAGACUAUCGCCUCUCCGUUCUCCCCUAUCAUUCUGGGUGAACAUGGUGAGAAGCAGCUUCCCGCUUCUGCACAAACUAGUUCGACUCCUACUCCAGAGUCAGGUAACUCCGUCUCUUCCAAAGCCGUCUCCCGCUCAACUUCCGUUCAUUCGAGCGACACAGAGGGAUCGGACGCCACCUACGAAACAGCGUAUGAUACGGUUCAGCCUGCUCACAAUGUCCACUUUACUGGACCUACUGACAGCGACUCCUCAUGGUCUGAUCCCUCCACGUCCACAGUCCAUGGGCCCAGCUCUCACAAUGAACACGCAGAAGGGCCACACAUUGUCAUCGACGGCCUAAAUGGCAUCUCGCCAUAUGGUGAAGCAGGACAGUUCGAGGACUAUGCGCAGUACGCGCAGUGGUACUCUUCAACGCACUACCAGGGUCAAUUUGGUGGAGAUCAACACAACGACGAGACAGAAGACAAGGAAGAAGUUACUCCUCCCCAAACUGAGCUUGAAUUUCUCAAAUCCCUCACGCUCUCCGACCGCGAAGCUCAUUUUUUCCGUCUUUCUCGGCUUCGUCUGGCUUUUACUGUACGCAUGAAGAACACCAAUAACACCACCCGCUCUGGCGCAACUGGGUUUAAGGAUGACCAUGAAUACGAGGAUGAAGAUAAUCGUGGCUGGCAUAACUGCAGGAGAUGUGGCAGUAGGUUCGUUGGUGCGUUGGGUGCGUAUGUUCAUCCGCACAUGUACGGCACGUACGGUGGAUUAAGUACCACUGCGUAUUGGGAAUGUCCUCCGUACCUCCCGGCAGCGAAUCAACAAUGGUAUCCCCCACCGUGGACCGUCUGGUCGAGCUUCACACGGCAGCAGUUUGCACUGCAACAGCAAUCACAUGCACAAUGGCAUUCAUCUACCUCACAACUACCUUCUUCUCAAAUUACGUCGAUUCCUCAGUGGCGCGAAUGGUAUGGAUUGAGCGCGUCAGAUGAGUCCCCAUCUGUUGUUGCGUCGGGUGGUCCGUUGGCGACUGCCGCAUUGGAGAGUGGCUUGAGUGCGGUGGAGGAGUUGAGGUUGUUGAAGCAACAGGUCCAAGAUGUGGCUAGGGUGUGUAAAGCAGUCGCCGAUGGUGAUCUUUCGCAAAAGAUUACUGUACCAGUGCAGGGUAUGGUCAUGGUGACUUUGAAGGAGGUUAUCAAUACCAUGGUUGAUAAGCUGGGCCUCUUCGCGUCCGAAGUCACUCGCGUAUCUCAAGAAGUCGGUAUGGAAGGUAAACUUGGUGGUCAGGCGCUCGUGUUGGACGUUGAAGGGACAUGGAGGGAGCUGACUGCAGUCGUGAAUAAAUUGGCUGCGAAUUUGACGAAUCAGGUCCGGUCUAUUGCCAAGGUGACCAAAGCCGUCGCUCUCGGAGAUCUAAGCAAACAAAUCGAGGUGGAUGCGAGUGGGGAGAUCCUAGAUUUGAAGAACACUGUCAACGGAAUGGUUGUCCGACUCCGAGCGCUGGCAGCCGAAGUAACUCGAGUCACAUUGGAAGUUGGUUCGCAAGGAAAACUUGGUGGUCAGGCAACAGUGCCAGAUGUCGAAGGUGUAUGGUUCGAGUUGGUGAGGAAUGUCAAUAGGAUGUGUGCUAGUUUGACAGAUCAGGUUCGGUCAAUCGCUAUUGUAACAACCGCCGUCGCAAAGGGUGACCUCACCCAGAAAAUUGAGAUACAAGUAGAAGGAGAGAUGGCAACACUCAAAUCAACGGUUAACUCAAUGGUGGAUCAAUUGGGCGCAUUCGCAAGUGAGGUGACGAGGGUUGCGUUGGAAGUCGGCACUCAAGGUAUUCUCGGAGGUCAAGCACGUGUCGAAGGCGUCCAAGGCACCUGGGCGGAUUUGACUCGAAACGUAAACAAGAUGGCGUUGAAUUUGACAAACCAAGUCCGUUCGAUCUCUGAAGUGACCAAAGCCGUCGCCCAGGGGAAUUUGAGCAAGUUUGUAGAGGUCGAUGUGCAAGGCGAGAUGUUAGACUUGAAAGAGACUGUAAACUCUAUGGUAGUUCAAUUAUCCACACUAGCCAAUGAAGUUACUCGAGUGUCGCUCGAAGUAGGCACUGAAGGAAUUCUGGGUGGUCAGGCAUUUGUGCCGGAUGUGCAAGGAGAGUGGAAGGGAUUGACGGAUAAUGUAAAUCUCAUGGCUAUGAAUCUGACCAAUCAGGUCCGCUCGAUAGCAGAAGUCACUAAAGCCGUGGCGGGAGGUGAUCUCUCGAAAAAGAUUCAGGUCGAUGUCAAGGGAGAAAUUCUGGAUUUGAAAGAGACGGUCAAUGAAAUGACUGAGAGUUUGAGUGUGUUUGCUGAUGAGGUAACUCGAGUCGCCCGCGAAGUGGGCACUGAAGGUAAACUCGGUGGUCAAGCCAAGGUCGCGAAUGUCGCUGGCACGUGGAAAGCGUUAACGGAUAAUGUCAACGUUAUGGCAAAAAAUUUGACACUGCAGGUCCGGACCAUUGCUGUAGCAACAACUGCGGUUGCUCGCGGAGACUUGACGCAAAAGAUCGUCGGUGUUAGUGUAUCUGGAGAAAUGCUCAACUUGGUGAACACUAUCAACGACAUGAUUGACCAGUUGAGUAUCUUCGCAGUUGAGGUCAAGAAAGUUGCUCGUGAAGUCGGCACGGAGGGCAAACUGGGCGUGCAAGCCGAAGUUGGAAAUGUACAGGGUAUUUGGCAGGAGAUCACUCUCUCCGUAAACACCAUGGCCGGCAAUCUGACGACACAAGUCCGUGGGUUCGCACAAAUUUCUGCUGCUGCUAUGGACGGCGACUUCACUCGAUUUAUCACUGUCGAGGCUUCUGGAGAAAUGGACUCCCUCAAGACACAGAUCAAUAAUAUGGUCUUCAACUUACGAGAUAGUAUUCAGAAGAACACGGCUGCGAGGGAGGCGGCAGAGCUAGCGAACAGGAGCAAGAGCGAGUUCUUGGCGAACAUGAGUCAUGAAAUCAGGACUCCCAUGAAUGGUAUCAUCGGAAUGACCGAAUUGACACUCGACAGUGAUCUGAAUCGAUCCCAAAGAGAGAGCUUGCUCCUGGUACACAGUUUGGCCCGUUCACUGUUGUUGAUUAUCGAUGAUAUACUGGAUAUUUCAAAAAUCGAGGCUGGUCGCAUGACGAUGGAAGCUGUUUCCUACUCUAUUCGCCAAACUGUCUUCGGCAUUCUUAAAACUCUCGUUGUUCGAGCCUCGCAAAAUAACCUCGACCUCACGUCAUAACCAACCUCGUCGGAAACGCGAUCAAGUUCACUCCGAGCAAGGUGACGAGGAAAGGUGAUACAGGAAUUGGAAUUGCAAAGGAUAAGUUGAACCUUA